AGAAAAACAAACGAGGAUAGGUCGAGCACCACACAGCCAAUCCAUGUUUUAAAACAAAAAAAUAAAAAGUGAAACACAAGGAUAUGUGGAUUUAAACGGUAUUUUUGUUGUUUUCCCCCGCGGGCUCAGUUACUUAUUGUUUGGCGUUCAUCUUGGCGGAGUGUGUGACCAUUUGCCCAUUCUCACUGGAGUGAGCACUAAGGAGGACUCCAUGAAAGAUGACAGAGGAGGUGAUUGUUGUAGCCAAGUGGGACUACACGGCCCAGCAGGACCAGGAACUUGACAUCCGUAAAAACGAGCGUCUCUUCCUUCUGGACGACUCAAAGACUUGGUGGCGUGUCCGCAACGCCGGCAACCAGACAGGCUACGUGCCAUCGAACUACGUGGAGCGCAAGAACAGCCUGAAGAAAGGCUCGCUGGUGAAGAACAUCAAAGACACACUGGGUUUGGGAAAAACUAAGAGGAAGACAAGCGCCCGUGAUGCUUCCCCAACACCAAGCUCCGACACAGAGUACCCCUCCAACGGCAGCGGGGGCGGUGGAGGGGCAGCCGAAAGGAUCUACGACCUCAACAUCCCCGCCGUGGUCAAGUUUGCCUACACAGCGGAGAGAGAGGACGAGCUGACCCUGGUCAAGGGCUCCAAGGUCACCGUGAUGGAGAAGUGUAGUGACGGCUGGUGGCGGGGCAGUCAGGCGGGCCGCGUGGGGUGGUUCCCCUCCAACUACGUCCUGGAGGAAGUUGUUGGGGCGGAUGACGGAGAGGAUGGAGACCCCCCACAGGGCUACCACGGAGGGGGCACUUUGUUGGCGAACGGGCGGGCAGGCGGCCGUGCUGCAGUGCUCCACCUGGUUCAAACACUCUACCCCUUCAGCUCUGUGACGGAGGAGGAGCUGAACUUUGAGAAGGGAGAGGUCAUGGAGGUGGUGGAGAAGCCUGAGAACGACCCCGAGUGGUGGCGGUGUAAGAACUCGCGUGGCAUGGUGGGCCUGGUGCCUAAAAACUAUGUGGUGGUGCUGGACGAGCGGCCUGGCCUGCCCUCUACGAUGUCCAGCUCCCCGCAAAACCGCUUUGUGGCACCGGCACGCUCUGGGAAGUUCGCUGGGAGAGAUUGGUACUAUGGCAACAUCACCAGACACGAGGCAGAGUGUAUACUCAACGAGAGAGGAGAGGAGGGCGACUUCCUGGUACGAGACAGCGAGUCAUCGCCCAGUGACUUCUCCGUGUCUCUGAAGGCGGCCGGUAAGAAUAAGCACUUUAAAGUGCAGCUGUCGGAGGGAGUGUACUGUAUCGGCCAGCGCAAGUUCAGCUCCAUCGACGAACUAGUGGAGCACUACAAGAAAGCGCCCAUCUUCACCAGCGAGCAUGGAGAGAAGCUGUACCUGGUCAAAGCGCUGCUGUGAUUCACACAUCCUCACACCUACACUGGAUCUCACACACACUCAUCAUACAUGCUAUACACACAUAAUACUAACUAACGCCGCCCCCUAACUGUCUUAACUCAAGCCUUAGCUCUGGACCCGCUUGCUGUGGCGUCUGUGCUACAUCCGGUUUUAUCUGUCGCCCUCCAGUGGCGAUCAGGUGAAACUCUUUCUCCACCCGUCUCCAUCCUUCACCCACGGCACAGUGCAUAAUAAGCCUCUGUCUCCUGGAUGUGCUGACAUGUGCAGUGACCACAUCUGCUGCUAACAGAAUGCCCGAGGCCUUGUUGGGGGUCGCGCUCUCCUCCUGAUGUCAUACAUAAUGUCCACUUACUACCACGCACAUCGUAGGUUACACCAUUGCUCUUAAUCCACACAGGAAGUCAGACAUUUAACAGUUCAAAGAGGGCGCGGAGCCUCGGAGGGACCUUACCUGUCAAAUUGCUGGCCAUUGUUUUAUUUUGUUCAUUUGUUUUAAAAAGAAAUGUUUGUUCCUGAGUUUGUUUUUUAAGAUAAUUUAAAUUCCUCCCUGGAGGUUUGAUUCAUUGCUCGUUCGUACGAUGACUUCACAAAGUGACCAGAAUCACUCUCUUGCCUUUUUCUCCUAAUUUUCAUCAUUACUCUACAUGAUUUCUCUCCCUGUUUGUCUUCUGUCACUUUUUCAAAUUGUUUCUGUCUCCACAGUCAAUAGUAGUGAUGUCAUUAAAACAAAUCUGGAUACAAUACUUCCUGUAAUAUUUCUAAAAGGCAGCGGGGAAGCAUUACUGCAAUGGGGGAGACCUCUUGAUUUCCUGUAGAGUUUGAAUGUUUAUCAAUGUAACCAAAUGUGCCACCCUGUACCCAUAAUACUACUGGCUCCAGGUCUACACCGCACUCACCGUACUGCAUUCAGUCAUAGCUUGAUGCUUUAUAUCGUGUCACAUUGAACAUGUUCCCGUUCUGUUCUCAGUAUGUUUCUGUAGCUGCGUGAGGAUACUGACUGAAGAAGAAUAAAACAAAUCUUUCUGGUAACAUUUUCCAGUAGCUGCACUUGAUCUGCUCCUACAAAUGAAAACAGCUAUAAGAGAGAGAACCUCUUUUAGUAUAUCCAUGUGAUUAUGGAGAAUUGUAAGAAAAGUGUCACUAUACACAACAGAAUACAAACUUUAGUGAUUGACUGAGACCUCAAUGAUUAAAUACUUAAGGGAUGGCCCUGAUUGUAAAUUACAAAUUUUCAUUCAUACAUCAACAAAUCAUUUGGAAAUACUAAUUCAAGAACUAUAAACUCACGAGGCACAGCUAUGACUGUUCGCUAAGCCCCUCCCCCAAAGAGCAACCGUCCAAUCACAGCUUAGCAAAAGUAACCAGGCACAACAGGUCUGUUUGAGACAUUUAAGACAAGUUUAUUUCCAAAACCGAAAGCUUGACUAGAAGUUUAAGGAGGCUAACAAGCUCACUACCUGCAGUCGUAACUGAGCUUCACUUCCACGGCUAAAGAGUGCUCCAUUAAUUAGCUCGCCAGUUAGUUAAAGCUGGUAAAUUGACUGUUGCUGAACAGAAAUGAGACGCUUGCUUUUGCCUGCUUUUGCCUGCUUUUCAGCUAAAAUCAAGAAACUGUUGAAGACAAUUUACACCAAAUGAGUUGAAAAAAAUAAGAUCCUUAAAGUUAUAAAAAUAAGAAUGUUUCUUAAAAUAAUGACUUAAUAUUGCAAAAAUAAUGACUUGUAUCUAAAUAAUGAUUUGGUAUUGCAACAUAGUGAGCACACUCAAACUUUGUCAUUAUUUUUGACAUACUAACUCAUUUUUUUGACGAGGCAUCACACCUCAAUGACUUGCCUUUCUUGAAAGAAAUUACGUAGUGUUGCAACAAUAUGAUAACUUCAUUAAAAGAUGGCAUAAAAUCUAAAAAAAAUAAUGACUUAAUGUCUCAAAAUGAUUAAGUAUCUCAAAAAAAUAAUGACUUAGUACCUGAACAUAAUGACUUGGUAUUGCAACAUAAUUAGGACUUUCUAAAAAUGAUGACAUGGUGUCAAAAUGAGUAUUUUAAAAUGAUGAAAAACUCUAAAUUACCUCUCGAAAUGACUUUGUAUCUCUAAAUAAUCACUUCUUAUUGCAACAAAGUGAGAACUCAAAAUAAUGACAAUAUUAUUAGAAAUGAAUGAUAUCUUCAUUAAAAGAUGGCAUAUCUUAAAAAUAAUUACCACCCAAACAUAAUGAUAUAGUUAGUUAUAGUUUUUAUUUAAAGAUACAUUAUUUCAAAGAGUUUCUCAUCAUGACCUGCAGGAUCUUUUUUUUUUCUCAUCACAUUUUGGGAGAUUUGCUUCCAUCUGUUUCAGAAAUCACUGCUCCACCUCUGCUGUAGCACCAGUGACUGAGUGGGGCGGGGCUUAACGAACAGUCAGUUUAUAAUAAGGUUCAUCUUUUACUGUCAACAAACCAAAUAUACCGUCAUCUGGUCUAUAAUGAGAAAAUAUCCUAGUCCUACCAAACGUUUUCCUCGUCUGUUUUCUGUUUGUUGUGCGUUUGUUUACCAAUGGAAGUGUUGUUGAUCACGGGGUCCUCAGCUUUUAUAUGAUAUAGGCUAUCUGAAUGUUAUUGAGCAUUGUUAUUUAAUUCUUGUCUCCACUGUAUGUAUAUAUUCAAAAAUAAGAUGAGGUGCAUAUAUGAAUCGCUAAGAUCAAACUAUGGUACUGUAUCACCGACAACGUGAUGAGAAUUGAAAUACUUUUGUUCAAUAAAUUUUUUUGAAGAAUACUAAA